AUGCAGAUUGGGCUGGCAGCGCUGAUGACAGGAAGUCAAUGUCUGGAUAUUGCACUUUUGUUUGGAGGUAAUUUGACUAUUUGGAGAAGCGAAAAACAAGCGGUUGUAGCCCGAUCAAGUGCUGAAGCUAAGUUUAGAGCUAUGACACAGGGUAUUUGCGAACUUCUAUCGCUUAAGGGACUUCUUCAAGAUUUGGGUAUGAAUAUUGAUCUUCCAGUGCGGCUCUACCGUGACAGCAAGUUGUCUAGUGAACAGCUGGCUGAUAUCCUUACCAAAGGAAUAAGCACUAAGUUAUUUUUGCCUACUGUAAGCAAGUUGGGCAUGUCUGAUAUGCAUGGCCACUGUCUCAUUGACAAGCCAGUAUCACGGAAUUCAACAGUUAAAAAUUUGAAGGCAAAAGAACAGCAUUCAUUUUUUUCUAAUUUUGUUCUCUUUAUACAGCCUGUGGUCGAUGCUUUCGAUCCCAGAUUAUUGGUAGCUCCAGCUAUAUCCCAUACUAUAGAUUUUACUUCUGUGAAGGAGGAAGAACUGUAUGAAAUUGAAAUCCCACUGAGUUUCAUUGCGUCUGUGGGCGCUAGAGUUCACGGAUUGGCUUGCUGGUUUGAUGUGUUGUUUAAUGGGAGUUCUGUACAAAGAUGGCUUACUACUGCUCCUGGUGCACCUACAACCCACUGGUACCAGCUACGCUGUGUUCUAUCUCAACCAAUAUAUGUCAUGGCUGGACAAGAAAUUACUGGACGACUCUGCAUGGUUGCCCACAAUGCUCAGAGCUAUACAAUGCACCUAACUAUGUCAGCUAAAAUGUGGGGCGCUGGUGCUGAACAAGGAGGAAUACUUCAGACAUCCUCUUGCAAACUUGAUCUUAAGGAGCCAUACUAUCGAAUGUCUCAACCACAGGCAUAUGCAUGGACCCAAGAUCAGCAAGCUCAUCACCUAAUACAAUCUCAGGAUGCUGUGGGGUCUGGCCUAGUGCAGCAGUCGCAGAAUUCUGGAGCUUCUUUGCCUCGAUGACUGAGAAGAUCAGUUAUAACUCUUGGGGUGAGAACAAAGUUUCUGAUAUAUAGUAUAUGGCAUUCUUUUGCUUGUAGCAUAUGCUUUUACACAAAGCCAGAGCGUGUUGGGUACUACAUCUAUCCUCUAUAUGAAUUGUGUUAAUAACCAA